CCAAGGCUUCAACACACAACACAAACACACAUACUAGGCUACACUGUUACAUAUACACACAUAUAUAUCCAGCGUUUAUCUUGAAGAAGCUAGAACUUAUUAACCACAUAGCAGUAAUGGCGGCAAAGCUUGCGGUGAAGGUUGCAUGCAUGGUGGUUGUGUGCAUGGUGGUGGCGGCGCCGAGUGCGGAGGCCGCCAUUGUGUGCGGCGCCUUGGUGGGGAAGCUGACCCCAUGCCUUAGUUAUGUGCAGGGUAAGGCCAAAGGACAGCCCCCCGCCGCUUGCUGUGGCGCCAUUAAGUCCGUCAACAGCGCCGCUUCCUCCACCGCCGACCGUCAGGCUGCCUGCAAGUGCUUGAAACAGAUGGCCGGAAACUAUCCAGGCAUGAACAUUGGCGCCGCCGCCAGCAUCCCCGGCAAGUGCGGCGUCAAUAUUGGCUACCCCAUCAGCACCUCCGUUGACUGCAACAAGGUUCACUGAGCUAGCUAGCUAGCUAGGCUGACGGCGGAGAGAAGACGCCGUGUUAAAUAUGGUGGUAAUGCUAGUAUGAUGAGGAAUAAUAAAUAAGACGGGACUGCGUUCCCCGUUAGGAAUGCCGUUUGUUAGGGUUUCAUCUUUGUAUUAAUUACCAGUGCAGUAUGGUUGUGCAGUACCUACAAUUCUCUGUACCCUAGUAUUGGAGUGUUGUAUUUAAUUACUUGCUUAAUUAUAUUUGUAUUUCUAUAAUGCAUGCAUGAUGUAUGUUCUUCUUUUUCAA